UAUAUGUAUAUAUAUAUAGAUAUAGAUAUGUGUUGAAGAUAGACAUGUGAUCAAUGAUGGCAAUAACAGGAGAGGCGGUCACCGGAGAGGAAGACGGCAAAGACGGCUAUGGGCAAGAUCUAGUGAUGCCCGGUUUUCGAUUUCAUCCGACCGAAGAAGAGCUCAUCGAUUUUUAUCUUCGGCGCAAAAUCGAGGGCAAGAGGUUCAAUGUGGAGCUCAUUUCUUUCCUAGAUCUAUACCGCUAUGAUCCUUGGGAACUUCCUGCAUUGGCGACGAUCGGAGAAAAAGAGUGGUUCUUUUAUGUUCCGAGAGAUCGAAAAUAUCGAAACGGUGAUAGACCGAAUAGAGUGGCAAGCAAUGGGUAUUGGAAAGCAACCGGAGCUGAUCGGAUUAUCCGGAACGAGAAGAGCCAACCGAUAGGACUAAAGAAGACGCUCGUCUUUUAUUCCGGUAAGGCACCGAAAGGCGUUCGCACUAGUUGGAUAAUGAAUGAGUACCGUCUUCCUCCUUCAACUGACACCAACAUCAAUGAACAACAAAAGCAAAAGGUGGAGAUCUCCCUCUGCAAAAUUCACCAACGUGCUCGACAUGAAGAAAAAGAAAAAGAAAAAUUACCGCAAGCAAAACUCAAAGAUGAUAGCGGUACUACUUCAACUUUGGCUUCAAAUUCGACGAAAACAAUUGAACAAGUUUGUGAUUCACAAAAUGAGAGUAGUAGCUUCAAAGAGCCGACUUGUUUGCCGUCAUCAGCCAUAAUGUCAGUUGAAGAUGAGUUUAAUCAGAUUUUCGGUUACAAUAGAGGAGGGUAUGUUCAACAGCAAAACCAGUUGAUUUCUUUUAUGCAACAGCCCCAAAUGCUUCCUCCUAAUGCGGUGGCUCCCAAUUCACUUGCUGCCAUUUCUUCUGACAAGCUCUGGGAUUGGAAUUCACUUCAAGACACUGCAAACAAAUACACCAUUUUCAAGUGAUAAUCAAAUGUUGCUGAAUUUGCUUUCUUUUUUAGCUUAAAUAUUAGUGUAUGUAAUUUUGUUCAAAACCUUUUGAAAUUUUAUAGAUAUAAGAAGCUGCUUAGUUUGUUAGAAAAUUUG